AUGGCCAACCUCACAUUGGAGAUGGACUUCUUCCUCACCCAAUUUGCUGACAGCAAGGAGCUCCAGGUCUUCCAGGGAUUUCUGUUCCUGCUGAUCUACUUGGAGGCUCUCAUGGGCAAUCUUCUCAUCUUCAUCCUUGUCACUGUGGACCAGUGUCUUCACACCCCCAUGUACUUCUUCCUGAAGAACUUGUCCUUCCUUGAUGCUGGCCUCAUUUCAGUCACGGUCCCUAACCUCAUUCUUAACUCUUUUACCCACAGGAGCAUCAUCUCUUUCCCAGGAUGCAUAUGUCAGCUUUUCUUUGUGAUACACUUUGUUAGUUCUGAGCUUUUCAUUCUGACAGCCAUGUCCUAUGACCGCUAUGUGGCCAUCUGUCACCCCCUACGCUACAAUGUCAUUUUGAACAGGGGAGUCUGUUUGCAGAUGGUAGCUACUUCUUGGAUGUUUGGGAGUCUUUUUGGGGUCUUAUACUCAGCUGGAACUUUCUCUUUAUUUUUUUGUGGCUCCAGAAAACUCCCACAGUUUUUCUGCGAUGUCCCCUCUCUACUGAAGAUUUCUUGUUCUAAAGUACAUAUCACUAUUGAUGUUAGUGUGGCUAUUGCAAUUGUAUGGGGACUAUUCUGCUUGGUGUGCAUUGGGAUUUCAUAUGUUUGCAUCUUCAGUACAGUGCUGAGAAUGCCAUCCUUACAAGGCCGGUCAAAAGCCUUCUCCACCUGCGUGCCUCAUCUCAUAGUUGUAGUUACAUUUUUGGUGACAGGUGCCAUUGCUUAUUUGAAGCCAGUUCCUGACUUGCCAUAUCUUGAAGACGUUUUGGUAUCCAUUUUCUACUCUGUGAUGCCUCCAUCUUUGAACCCAAUAAUAUAUAGUCUGAGAAAUAAGGAAAUCAAAGUGUCUAUGCAGAAGCUCCUGUGGAAGCUGCAUCAUUAUAAGUGUUAUGGGGAAAACAAUAGAUUAGUAUCUAGAAAGGCUGGCUGA